AUGUUGAUAUUACAGAAUGGAUGGACACCAUUAAUGUUGGCGGCUAGGAGAGGACACCUGGAGGUCGUGACUUACCUGGUCACUCACGGCAGUCAGUUAGAGGCUACAGACACCAUGGGGCGAAGGACACCAUUAAUGUUGGCCGCUGAGUGGGGACACCUGGAGGUGGUGACUUACCUGGUCACUCAGGGCGGUCAGUUAGACGCUACAGACACCAGAGCAGGAAGGACACCAUUAAUGUUGGCGGCUGUGAGAGGACACCUGGAGGUGGUGACUUACCUUGUCACUCACGGCAGUCAGUUAGACGCUACAUCCAAGUGGGGAAGGACACCAUUAAUGUUGGCGGCUGUGGAAGGACACCUGGAAGUGGUGACUUACCUGGUCACUCACGGCAGUCAGUUAGACGCUACAGACGUGGGAGGAAUCACACCAUUAAUGUUGGCGGCUGAGGGAGGACACCUGGAGGUAGUGACUUACCUAGUCACUCAGGGCAGUCAGUUAGACGCUACAUCCAAGUCCUUAUAUGAGAAUGUUACAUGUAAAGUUCGUGUCAAUGAUAGACAUACACCAUGGUUUAAUGUGGACUGCGGAGUAAAGCAAGGCUGUUUAUUGUCUCCCACAUUAUUUGCCGCCUACAUCAACGACCUUGCUAAACGUAUCAAUAAUCUAAAUUGUGGUGUUUGCUUCGAUGAUACUGUGCUGAGUAUACUUUUAUAUGCAGAUGACAUUGCACUGAUUGCUCCGGACGAGGAAAGUCUCCAGAAGAUGUUAGAUACUGUUACUGGUGCCUAUGGACACACAGCUUUACAUCAUGCUGCUCAGUUUGGAGGGAUUGAUGUAACAAAAUGUUUAAUAGAUCAAGGAUGCAGUCCUUGGGUGAAAACAAAACAGGGUAAGACUCCUUAUGAUCUGGUAGAAAUAAAAAGCUAUGAUGAUGAAGAGGAAAAAAGGAAGAAGGAAGAAGUGAUGGACUUCCUUAAGACUGUCAUGUCAAAGACAUCCCCAGAAGUAACUCCUGACACCCAUUUACAGGAAUCUGCAGCACCAGUAGUUGAAGGUAAAGCUCUAAUGUUAAUUAUUCAGAUAUUGGCUGAAAUGAUUUAUAAUUACUUGUUUCUAAUAUAG